UCUUUGCUGUUUCACUUAGUAUUCUUGCAUUACAUAAAUGGAUGUAUAUAUGCAUAAAUAAUAGAUUUAAAAAAACAGUUAUAUGUAUAGUUUGGUUGAUGUGGAUAAAACAAGGAAGUGUGGUUUUAUUGUCAUUAGUUGGGAAGGUGAUAGCCACCAGCAUUGUGGGAAAAUUUGCUUAGCUUGAAGAUAUGCGUUCAUUUCCUUGUGGUGGUACAUUAGAUGCAACAUAUUACUUUUGAAAUUUGACUCACAGUGUAUACAUGUAGGUGAACAGAGAUGGGAUGGAGUGUGAGAAAGAAACAAUGUUGUGGGGGAGGUUUUGGACUGCUGUUCCUAACAGUGGGUGUCGCUCUCAUUCCUAUCGUUGACUAUGUUGUCAGGAAAGAAAUUGAAAAAACAGUGAUCCUGAAGAAGGGGAACUUGUUGUACGAGACCUGGAGGGACCUACCUAUUCCUAUCUACAUGCAGUUCUACAUGUUUGAUUGCAAGAACCCAGAUGAGGUGAAACAGGGACAUAAGCCUUUUGUUGUACAAAAGGGACCAUACACUUACAUCGAGAAGAGAACAAAGUAUGACCUUAUCCACAACAUUAAUGGCACAGUGACCUACAAACAGAACAGAACCUUCCAUUUUGCUCGAGAUUUGUCGGUGGGGCCGGAGAGUGACAGAUUCACCACCCUUAACCCGGUCUACUGGAGUCUGUUAACAGCACUGAAGUGGGAGAAACCGGAGGUCAGCAAGCUUAUCAGUUUUCUGACGACCUUUGAACAGGAGUAUGUUUUUAUGAAUCGUUCAGUGAAGGAGAUUUUGUGGGGUUACCAGGAUCCAACUCUGCACUUAGCAAAGGGCUUUGCACCAGAAUGGUUCUAUACUGAUAUAGCAGGCUAUUUUAUAAAUAAAAAUGCCACCAAUGAUGGAGUCUAUACCAUAUUUACGGGGGAGACUGAUAUUAAUAAACUAGGACGCAUAGACCAGUAUAAUGGGUCAAGGUACCUAAAUUUCUGGAAUACAAAAUGGGCCAACAUGAUAAAUGGUUCAGAUGCAACUAUAUAUCCACCAUUUGCAAAGAAAUCCCGUGUAUCUUAUGCAUUUGCAUCAGAUGUUUGUAGAUCGAUUGAAGGGAUUUAUUCUGAGGAAGUGACAGAUUCCCAUGGAUUCACACUUUGGCGAUACACUGCCCCAGACUCGUACGUAGCCAAUGCCACAAAUAAUCCGGACAACAUUGGAUUCUGUACCCCCAACUGUCUGGACAAAGGGCUGAUUAAUGUCAGCAACUGCCAAACACUUGACUUCUUCCACAUUCCGGCAGUGAUUUCCCUGCCUCACUUCUAUCUGGCAGCAGAUAAAUACCGGGAGGCUGUGAUGGGGAUGAACCCGAACAAAGAAGAACACCAAACUAUAAUAGACGCAGAACCAAAUAUUGGUUGGGUGCUGCGGGCAGCUAAAAAAAUUCAAAUCAACUUGUAUAUUCAGCCAAUCGAAGGAUUUGAUGAAACAUCUGGAAUCACUCCAGUAUUUCUACCUGUGUUUUGGCUAAAUGAGAGUGCUGUGAUUGAUGAGAAAAAUGCCAAGAUGUUAAAGAACAUGUUGUUUACCCCGCUGCAGGUGGUGCACGUGGUGGAGAUUGUCCUUAUAGCAGGAGGGUCUCUGCUUAUUGUAGCAACUAUAGGGUACACCAUAUAUAGGAGACAGAAAAAAAAGGAAGAGGCAUUCUAUGACGAUGUAGAGUACCUCCUUAAACACACAGGUGCUGCAAGACCAAUUCAAAGUUUGGUUUCUGAUGAACAAAACUUAAAGAAUUGCAGAGAAACAAGAAACACUGAAAAAUAAUGAACAGACAAAUAGCAGUGAAACUAGUCCCUUGAUUGCCAAUUGAACUUCGUGACAAGUAAUAGUGAAACUAGUCCCUGAUUGCCAAUGGAACUUCAUGACAAGUAACAAUGAAACUAGUCCCUUGAUUGCCAAUGGAACUCCAUGACAAUGCUGUGGAAAACCUGUGAUGUCAGAAUCUUAUUCAUCAUCAAAAUCUUGAAUUCUGGGAUUAUAGCAAUUCAUUCCUACCUCAAGUUUAAAGUGCUAGAAAUUGUAAUACCAAUUGUUUGCUCAAGAACAGAGAGUAUUCCUUGAUGAUAUUAUUAGUGUUAUUUGCAAGAAUGAUUUCGAGGUAUAUUGAUAUUCAAUAUUGCAGUAUAGGUACUGCUUUAUACUAUGGUAUUCUAGUAUUCUUUUCAUGACCUCUGCUUGUGUUGAACUAUCGGAUAUAUGAUAAAGUUGUGAUAUGCUCAUAUUUGAUGAAAAGAGAUUUUAGUGUGCCUUAAUCUUCCACACUCUGUGCCAAACUGAGAUUACAGAAGUCCCUUCUAUGCACAAUCAUUGUUAAAAUUUUGAAUGUCUUGUGUACAUUUGUUACUGUUCUAAAGAAACUACCCAAAUCAUUGACAGUUUCUCCUCAUGGCAGACAUAUAAAAUGCCUUUUGGGACUUCCUAUUGAUAGUUUUGGUUUUUUUGUGUCUUUCUUUGUGUCUGCAAGAGAUUGAUACUCUAAAUUUUCUUAAACUCAUGGCUGUAAAUCUUUUGCUACUUUUAGAAUUAACAUUGCUUCCAUUCUCCCUUAUAUAUCCCUGUCUUGGUCCCUAGAUAUCUUACAAUAUGCAGUGUAAUUUUGAUUUAUAAGAUGCAAAAAAGUUAACCCGUGUUCAUUAUUAUACCCCCCGCAACAAGUUGUGGGGGGGGGGGGGUAUACUGGAAUCAGGUUGUCCGUCUGUCUGUCUGUCCGUCCAUCCGUCUGUAGACGCAAUGGUUUCCGGGCUCUAAAGCAUUAUCCUUUCCACCUACUGUCACCAUAUCAUAUAUAUAUGGACUACCCAUGGGAUGAAGAUGUUCCCUAUCGAUUUUGGGGUCCAAAGGUCAAGUGCACUGGACAUUGAAGUAGCAAUAUGGUUUCCGGGCUCUAAAGCGUUAUCCUUUCCACCUACAGUCACCAUAUCAUACAUAUGGACUACCCAUGGGAUGAAGAUGUUCCCUAUUGAUUUUGGGGUCAAAGGUCAAGCGCACUUGACAUCGAAGUAGCAAUAUGGUUUCCAGGCUCUAAAGCAUUAUCCUUUCCACCUACAGUCACCAUAUCAUACAUAUGGACUACCCAUGGGAUGAAGAUGUUCCCUAUUAAUUUUGGGGUCAAAAGGUCAAAGGUCAAGCACACUGGACAUUGAAGUAGCAAUAUGGUUUCCGGGCUCUAAAGCGUUAUCCUUUCCACCUACAGUCACCAUAUCAUACAUAUGGACUACCCAUGAGAUGAAGAUGUUCCCUAUCGAUUUUGGGGUCAAAAGGUCAAAGGUCACGCACACUGGACAUCGAAGUAGCAAUAUGGUUCGGUUUGUCAUGCCAUUUCUUUUUUACACUCAAAAAAGAGGUAGUUUAUACCUAUUACCAACACCCUUUGGGAGAUUGGGGUAAGCGGGGGGUAUUCUUAGUGAGCAUUGCUCACAGUACCUUUUGUUUUCAAUCUGCAACACUUCAUAUUUAAACUAUUUUUUUCCCGAACCUUUGUCAAUAACUUACAUGUACAUAUAUUCAAGAAAUGAAAAUCUUCUUGGUCACAAGAGGUUGUAAUCACAAUUCUGGUUUCAUUCAUAAAUUCUGGAAUUCGUUCAUUUUUCACUUCAAUAACUGUCAGUAAUGAGUGAAUUACAUGUACAAUGCAGUUUGGUAAAUAUACAGUGAAAACUGCCUUAUCCCACGUUUCACUGGACAAAUCUUAUUCAUUCCGAAUCUAUUUUCAUUUUCUACUUUGUAUUUUCAUUGUUUAUUUUUUCCAUUGUUUAUUCCGACACACAUUGUGUAUUCUGACAAAAAAUUGUCUUCCAGUGUAUGUCGGAUUAAACAUGUUGCACUGUAUCUAUUGUUCAAUACCGUUGUACUAUAUAAAUUUUACCAUGUAUCUGUCUUCAAAAGAAAAGAUGUAAUAAAAAGGUUUUAAUAUAAA